GUCAGACAUCUGUGUGAGUGUGUGUGUUUGUGUGUCUCUGUGUGCUUGACGGGAUGCAGCAGCAGAGCAUCGGAUCCUUUGAGCUUCUUACCUUCGUCCAGCAGCCGCACAUCGGCCUCCGGAUCCUGUGCUGGCUGUUUUCUCUGGUGAUUUUGGGAUGUAUCGCUAAUGAAGGCUUCAUCAACAGGCCUGACGAGGUCCAGAAGUUCUGCAUCUUCAACCGCAACCAGAACGCCUGUAAUUAUGCGCUGGGCAUGAGCUCGCUGGCCUUCAUCUGCUGCCUGCUGUUUCUGGCCAUAGAUGUGUAUUUCCCACAGAUCAGCAGCAUCAAACACCGCAAGAAAGUCGUGCUGGCUGAUGUGGGGACGUCAGCGUUCUGGUCAUUCAUAUGGUUCGUGGGCUUCUGUUUUUUGGCCAAUCAGUGGCAGGUGUCGAAGGCAGAGGACAACCCACUGCGUUCGGGUGAAGACGCCGCUCGCACCACCAUCGCCUUCUGCUUCUUCUCCAUCUUUAGCUGGGCCGUCCUGACACAUGUCUCUCUGCUGAGGCUGAGGAGUGUGUGUUUCCAGGAGGAGUACGAGGAACUCUGCACGCAGCAGCAUACACGCACACAAACACAAACACACUCACACGUUCUCUCGCAUUGUGUGUGAGCAUGCAGAAGCUCAUUAAACACACAUUAAUCAGAUCUGAGAAGCUGAACUAACAUUUACCAGCAUUAUUAAUCUGCGGCAGAUGUGUGUGUGUGUGUAAGUGUGUGUGUGUGUGUGUGUGUGUUUAUGCCACAGAACAUUCAGCUCAAUUUCUUAGCAUAUUUUAGCAUAUUUCCAAAUCAAACUGAAUGUUGAAGGAAAGAGAGAUGUCGUCAUGUGUCGCUUCUGUUAUAAUGAAAGGCAAAGGAUUGAAGCCUGUAACAUUAAUUAUGUUUUAAUGAUCAGUCUAAUUAUAUAAGAUUAAAUGUAGUCCAGAUCGUUUAUAAUGAUAAUAGAGCAAAAAUGUAAUUAAAUCACGUUCAGAGGGAUUUUGUUUCCAGCUCAUGAAUAAUAAAACAAUAAAAGCCAAUGAAAAAAGAGCUUUAAAGUGCUCAAGUACUUAAAGGAGACCUUUGUGCUUCAUGUUUCUGUCAGUCUAUGUCGCUCCUGUCACUGUUCAUCUAAAACUCCACAUCUAUAAUCCUCUUAGUCUAUGCUGACAUUAUCUUCAGCAGCUCAAACACUCUAAUGGCUAAUGGACAGGCGGCUGCUUCUCACUCAGGGCUGCUGUUUAUGCUAAUGAGAUGGAGAGAUGUGCACUAGUGGGCGGGGCUUUCCCCCUCGGAUGACACGUACAAAGGGAGAAUGUCAAUCAAAGUGUUUCAUUCAUCAAACACAAUUAAUACAUGUUGACCAUCAGAGAUUGGAGAUAUUCACACACUGCUGACACACAACUGGGUUUAAACCCCUUAUUAAUGUAAUGUUUGCAUAAUAGGUGCUCUUUAAAGGUACAGAUUAUAUUUCUAUAUAUUUAUAUUUCAAUAUUGUAUUGCUGUACCAGAGCUAUUCAAGCCAUUCGGCGAAAGUAUAUCGCAAUAUAUUGCAGGAAAACAAAAAGUCAAAAUAUCGUAUUUUUAUACUGGAGACCGUUCAUAUUUUUAUACAGUUCACGAUUCAUACACAUCACUGCUGUUUUUACUCUACUGAUUGACAGAAUUGGGUCAAAAACUGAUUAUAUAUAAGUGUGUCAAUAUGCUGUAUGUAAAUGUACAAAUAAAGGUUUUAUGUU